AAACAAGCAACAAUAAUAGUUUAAACAUUCAGUAGCACAUUGUCAUUAAUUAAUUAUAUUUGGUGUACUUGAAAAAUAAAAUAAAUAAAAAAUAUAUUCAACAAUGAAUUAUUUUUUGAUAUUUGUAACAGUAUUUGUGACUGCACAAUUGACAAUUAUUCCAACAAUUGGUGGUAUUGUAAAUGCACCGAAAAAUAGAGAUAUAGAUAUUGAAAUUGAUGAAACAAUUGAAAUUGAUGAAGGUGAUAUUGAGAUAACAGGUGAAAUUGAAAUUGACAUUGAAAUACCAACAGAAUGUCCUCUUGUUGAUCCAAUUGAUAGAUCAAUUAAUCUUGAAUGUCCAUGGGAUUGUACAAAAUAUUUUGCAUGCUCAAAUGGAGAUAAAAUUUUGAUGGACUGCCCAUUGUUGGAUGAUGAAGGUAAUCGUUUAUUCUUCAAUCCAAAACUUCAAGUUUGUGAUUGGCCUGAAGAUGCUGGUUGUCGUAUUAAUAAAAAACCAUGGGAACGUUCUGGUAAACCACAAAACCCACAAACUUUUAUCAAAAAUUGGUGGAUAAUCACGAUAGUGGCUAUCAUAAAGUUAUCAGUUGUAGAAAUAGAUGCUUAUUCCAUAAGUCAUAUUUCUGAUGAUGGAUUAUUUGAUUUAGAAAUAUUUGAUGAUAAUGAAACACUUUAUGUAACGAAUAAAUAUGAAUUGGGAAUUCCAACAAAAUGUCCAAAAGAUGAUGAAGGUCCAACCAUUCAACUUCCUCAUGAAACUGAUUGUACAAAAUUUUAUAAAUGUUCUCACGGAAAAAAAAAUGAGAUGCAAUGUGGUACAUAUGGAACACAGGGUGAUCGAUUGCAUUUUAAUGUAGAAAGUGGAACUUGUGACUGGCCAUGGAAUGUCAAUUGUGAUAGAACAACGACAACAUCAACAACAACAACAACAACAACAACAACAACAACAACAACUACUACUACUACUACUCCAAGGCCAACAAAUACAACAAAUACGACGGUACCAUUUAACCCAAGACCAUGCGAGUUAUCUAUACAUGAGGGAAAUAAAUAUACACAUGAGUGUCAAUGUGCGAAAUAUUAUAUUUGUAACAGUGACAGAGAAUUAGAACUCAAGAUCUGUCAAGUUGGUUAUGAAUUUAGUCCAUUUAAUUAUAAAUGUGAACCAGCAGAUGAAGCAGGAUGUAAGCCACCUAAUAAACCUGAACCUGAUAAUCCAGAUUGUCCAAAGGACAAUUCUAAAAAUGGAACACGCUACCCACAUGAAUGUUCUUGUAAGUCAUAUUACAUUUGCUCAAAUGGUAAGCAAAUAAUUCAAGAGUGCGCCGGUCAAUUCACAUUCAAUCCUGUUUUAUUGCUUUGUGAUGCCACUGAAAAACCAAAUUGCCAGCCAUCGACUCCAGAACCAUCAACUCCAGAGCCAUCAACUCCAGAACCACCAACUCCAGAGCCACCAACUCCAGAACCACCAACUCCGGAACCACCAACUCCAGAACCACCAACUCCGGAACCACCAACUCCGGAACCACCAACUCCAGAACCACCAAUAACCGAAAAACCAUGCACUGCAGAUCACUUAUAUGACGGUACCACCAACAGAACCACCAACAAAACCACCAACGAAACCACCAACAAAACCACCAACAAAACCACCAACAGAACCACCAACGAAACCACCAACAAAACCACCAACGAAACCACCAACAAAACCACCAACGAGGUACGAGCUGAAUGCCCAGCAAAUUUAACUUUCAAUGCUGAUAAAUUAAAGUGUGAUAAUUCCGAAAACCCUCAGUGUCCGACACCUACUCCUCCAACACCUACUCCUCCAACACCUGCUCCGCCAAAACCUAUAUGCGAAGAGGGGUCUUCAUAUCCUCAUGACUGCAGUAAAUGCAAGUACUAUGUUUGUAAAGAUGGAAUUCUAGUUCUUAAGCGUUGUCCGUCCGGUCAAGCUUUUGAUAUAAAUACUGGAAGAUGUGAAUUCAAAGAUUACCCUUGUGAAAAUUACGAUGCAAAGUGUGGAAUAUCUCAAUCUACCGAACCUACAGCAAAAAAUUCUGGUGAUACUAAAAAAUAUACUUAUCUUCGGAUUGUAUAUGCAUUAAUGGUAAGAUGA